CCAUUUGAUUAUACUGGCCUGCCUCGCCACAGGCUAUCCCCACUUCAGUCCAUCCUGACAACCGCUCAGUGUCCUCCACCCCCCUCUGCCAAUCCCUCCACUGGCCUCCACUCAGUGUCCUCCACCCCCCUCUGCCAAUCCCUCCACUCAGUGUCCUCCACCCCCCUCUGCCAAUCCCUCCACUGGCCUCCAUUCAGUGUCCUCCACCCCCCUCUGCCAAUCCCUCCACCCCCCCUCUGCCAAUCCCUCCACUCAGUGUCCUCCACCCCCCUCUGCCAAUCCCUCCACUGGCCUCCACUCAGUGUCCUCCUCCCCCCUCUGCCAAUCCCUCCACUGGCCUCCACU